AUGUCCCUGACGCGUUCCACAGCCCCGUUGGUGUGGAUUGAUUGCGAGAUGACCGGCCUAGACUCGGAGACAGAUCAGAUCCUUCAGAUUUGCUGUUUCGUCACGGAUGCACAGCUUCAACUGCUAGAACCGAAUGGCUUCGAGACGAUUAUCCACCAACCCAAGUCGAGCCUAGACACGAUGUCGCAAUGGUGCAUUGACACCCACGGUAAAUCGGGGUUGACCGACGCCGUUCUUGCCUCAACCACAGACGCCGCCACAGCAGCGGCGGAAUUGCUGGCCUAUAUCAAGCAACACGUCCCAGAGCAGCGCACCGCUAUCCUAGCGGGGAACAGCAUACACGCGGACCGCGCCUUUCUCGCCAAAGGCCCAUAUGCCAAAGUACUCGAGUGGCUACAUUACCGCUUGCUCGAUGUCAGUACGCUGAAAGAGGCGGCCAGACGCUGGGGUAGUGAGGAGCUCCUUCGCGACGCGCCGCCGAAACGAGAACUUCACCUGGCCAGGGACGACAUUCUUGAAAGCAUUGCAGAAAUGAAAUAUUAUCGGGAUAAACUGCAGUGGUUGGCCAUGUGGUUUCGAUUCGAACGCCCUGGGCCUUUUCAAGAAACAACUCGAGUUGAAAUCGGAAUUUUUUUUCAUGCAGGGCCUAUUAUGGGCUUCACCACAGUCCAGUCAAGACAUACUAUCAGCCAGAUACUGCCUAAAGUAUUAACAUUCGCCAUGACUGAGAAUUCUAUACAACAGGUCGUCUUGCGAGAUGAUGUUCUGGUCGUACAAGCUAGCAUCACAACGGAUUUCAAGAUUGGCGUUACUAACGCUGCAUGUUUGUCCCACAAUGGAAGUUCCCAAGUUCUCUACAGAGGCCAUACUUCUCAUGGCUUACCCAUUUACCCGGACUCCAAUCUGUCGAAUCCAACAUUGAGAAAAACCGACUGUUUAGACUGGGGCGAUGACCCCAUAGUACCUGAGAAUGCCUCAUCAAUCUCUGUUCGAUCUCAACACCCCAGGCUUUUUGCACCAAUUUACAAAUGGCACCGGCUCCCGUUUCUUAUUCAACAAGACCCAUAUCUCAAAAAGUGGAAUGAAAGUAUUUUCCAACACGCAGAAUUGUAUUAUCAGAUGCCACCAGUGCAAUACCUACCUGACGGGGGUCUCAAUGGAAGUGGUAUAUUGGAUUGUGCAAGACAGAUACAACGGCGAGUAAAACACUGGGCCUAUGCUUAUCGUAUGUCAAACGAUACACGAUGGGUUAACCGGACUUGGGAAGAGCUGCUUGUGGCAUCAGGCAAUUCUAGUCAAUACUUCGGAGUUGCUGGUGAUAAUUGGAAUACUCAACAUUGGUUAGAUGUCGGGGAACUUUUAACGGCGUUUGCAAUUGCAUAUGACUGGCUCUAUGAUAUAUGGACUAAUGAUCAACGCGAUUCCGUCAUGUGGUCCAUCAUCUCAUUAGGACUCAAUAAAGGGUAUGAAGCCUACGAAUCUAAUAUGUGGUUUCUCUUUGUUGAAGGGAAUUGGAAUUGUGUUACAAAUGCAGGCAUCAUCAACGGUGCACUUGCAAUUUAUAAUGAAGACCCGACAGGAAUAGCAGCAAAGCUUCUUGGGCUUGCCAUUCCAAAUGCACAACAGCACUGUGCCCAGGCCGUCCACUCGGACGGAACUUGGACGGAAACCCCAGACUAUUGGUAUUUCGGAGUCCAGGGGCACGCGCAAAUGAGUUCCGCGUUACUCACAGCUACAGGAAGACCAGAAAAGUUUACCGCCACUGCAAACGCCAUGCUCUUCUAUGGUGACCAGUUCGAUAACGCCAAUUUCUCAAGCGCUGAGAGCCCGUGGGUAUCAAUGCGGUCUUCGUGGACGGACACAACUGGUCUUUUUGUCGCUAUGAAGGCCGGUCCUGCGGUGGGACAUCAGACCCACAGCAACAUAGAUGCCGGUGAUUUUGUUCUAGAUGCGUUAGGUGAGCGAUGGGCAGGAGAGCUUUGCCAGGCAUCUUACCUAUCGACCGGAUAUUUUUCUAGCGACAACCAGAACAGCACCCGCUGGCUGUACUACCGUACCCGCACUGAAGGACAGAAUACGAUUGUCUAUAAUGGAUCCAAUCAGGUUGUCGAUGCAAGACCGUCCUCGAUUCGAUUUGAAACAACGGGGAACGCUCAAACAGGUCCCGUAAGUCUGUCCAAACAAGAUAGCGCAGUAUACUGGGUCGUCAAUUUGACCACUUUAUAUGGCGGUGUCUUGAUUGAGAGAGGGAUCAGACUUUUUAAUGGUCGGAGCCAAGUACUUCUCCAAGACGAGAUCACCGAGGCAACGUCAGCCUGCCAAUGGAGGAUGCAUACAAACGCAACAAUCAAGUACAAAAAAGGUGGAAUUGCGGCUGACCUUUUCCUUAAUGGAAAAUCGCUCACGGCAACUAUCCAAUCACCAUUAGGGUUGACAUUCCGAACAGUCGAAGCCACCCGUGGAGAAUCCAGCCCCGAUCUACCAGAGGGGGAAACUGAUCCUGAAAAUAGUGGUAUGCGAUGUUCCGAUGGCUCUGAGGAGUCUGGCACACCCUGUUCGCGCUGUCGACGGCAGAAGCUACCCUGCGUCUAUUCGGCCCCCUUCCAUCGGGUCCACAAACGAAAGCGUAUGGAAGAGCUUGAGGAAGAAGCUUCAAUACUGCGACGAGAGCUACAAGUGACAAGAACUCAAGACACUCAGAACUACGAGGCGACGGAGGCCAGAUCUAUUGAUGGGCUCGAGAUUGGCUCCUCUAUCAUAGAUCAUUGUUUCAAGCUGUUCUUCCGUGACUACCACCCCUUGCUUCCCGUUCUUGAUCCUACAAUUACGCCGAAUCUCCUAUAUGGGAAAUCUCAGGUCCUCUUUUGGGUCAUAGUCUCCAUUGGUGCUCGAAAGAACUUGGCCCAUCCAAAUCUCAUAACUGCACUGUCCCCUCGAAUUUCUCCGCUUGUCUUAGCCUCGCUGAGCACUCGGGCCAAGCCGCUACAAGUAAUCGAAGCCGUGCUACUUCUUAUGGAAUGGCCGUUCCCAUCAAAUCCCUACCAGAGUGAACCCUCAUUUGUAUUGAGCGGUGCACUUGUUCACAUGGCAAUGCAGAACGGAUUGCAUACCCCAUAUCUUGGCAAGGAGAUACCGAAACUAGAAGCUCAGUCUAGUUUUUUCGAGUCUUCCACGGUGGAGAGGACACGAUUGUGGGUCUACGUUGUUAUUGUCUACCAAAGAUCUUGUUCCGGGUGCGGAUACCCUCCUCUAUUGUCUGCCGAUGCAUAUACCGACCAAGAACAACUCAAGAGCAUAUUGUUACAGCUUCCCACCGACUUACAGGUGCAGCUUCAGCUUUCCAAUAUCAUGGCGGGCGCACAGAGAAUAUUCGUUCAAUUCAACUCACAGAAAUUGACUAUACAG